AUGCAGGGUUCUCUAGUUCUUGGCAAAGAUGUAUUGGACACAUUAAACUAUUAUUUCCGUCGAGCUGCUUCAUCGAACAGCAGACGUUCCAUGGAUGGACAGACAAACGCCAUAGCAAUGGAAGUAAUAAGUUCCUCACUUUGUCGUAAGAUCAAUUUCUGCGUGGGUGCACUUUACCAAUUCAUCAACGAAUAUGUCAUUGCCUUAGCUCAAGUCUCCGAAAGUGUUUUCGAUGAUAUCCACAAUAUAGAUAUUGAAGAAAAAUUGCAAGCAGCUGCACCUUUAUUUGGUAAACUCAAAGGAUGCUUGCGUGGUAUCAGAAAAAUUAUAAAAGCAGCAAAUGUAAAAGCGACUGAUGUCAAUGAAGAUUAUAUUUGGGUAGGUCUCAUUAAAAAGAUAAGCGCAGAGUUUCAGACGAGAGCUGUUGCUUAUGUAGCAGAUAAACUGAACGCAGACGCAAAGGAUGAUGUAAUCAAAAAAGUGUUGACGCAGAAAUUAGUGGUUAGAAUAGCAGAAACAGAAUUAUUAUAUCAGAAGAAACUUUGUCAAAAUCAUAGAAUAUGUUCAAGAUCUCUGCUAUGUACUAACAGUCUCAACAAUGUAUUAGAGAGGCUCUCGAGUUUACCAAAGAAUAGAGUGAAAUCGUUCAUAAGAUCUCUAUUUGAAUUACUGCCAGAGACCAGUUUAUAUACGCGUCUGAGUGGAGUAACAGCUAAUGAAUUUCAAGUUAUUUUAAACGAUAUGGCAUUUGCUGAUCAUGUGCCUACUAAAGAUAUAUUGUUGGCAGUGCAAAAGAUAGUUGCUAAUAGAAUAAAUAACAUAUACAGUAAAGAAGAAGUUAAGCAAGAUCAAGAUACUUUAUUAGUCCAUAUCAUAUUAUCAGAUUUAGAUUUUUUCUAUAGUAAAGGUAAAUCUGACACAUUUGAUAAAUUCUUUAAUGACUUUAUAGUAUGGACUAGAACUGGAGGAAGGGUGACUAAAAUUCUAAAAGAAGUGAUAAAAAAUAUACAGAAUACCCUCUAUAGAUCAGAAGAUACGCUGAUAGCAAAGUUGUCAUAUGAAGUUAGAGUAUUUUUAGAAAUAACCGUGGACCCUGAACAAGACAGAUAUGUUUGAAUUACUUUAUUAACAUUCAGCUUCUAUUCAAUUUUUCAAUAAAAUUAAUGCCAAAUUCAAACGCCAUAAUAAUUUUACCGCCGUUAUCUACUGAUAGAUUAAAACUAAGCC